GCGGUGUUGUCCUGUUGGAACCCUUUGAACGUCAUAUUGGGGCCGAGCUGUCAUCUGAGAGCUGUUGACUGUGGUGUUCGUACAAAGUGUACAAUCACUGUUACCUUUUUUUAUAUAUACAUUUGGACACACAGACGCACAAAAACAAGGGAGCCUGUCUGUUUUUGCCUUUGCGGAGAAGCAGUUCGGUGCCUGUAGAUUUUCGUUUGCGCCAACUCGACUCAAGAAGAUGCUGGACAGGCGCUGGAUGUGGCGGAUGCUGCUCCUCUCUGCCCUGGCUAUGGCAGUAGUAAUGGCCCACGAGCAGUCCAAGGUUGACGUGGAUGAAGAAAUUGGCUUAGACGAAGAGGAAAUGGAGGCGCUCAUCACUGAGGAGGAGGAGGAGGAGGAGGAAGAGGAGAAGGCGGCAACAGAUUUUGAUGAAAUAGAGCAGAAAAGCCCAGCCAGCGACAAGGUCUCUUUCGAAGUAACAUACAGGACACCUGUGCCCACUGGAGAUGUUCACUUUGUAGAGACCUUUGAUGAUGGCUCACUCGACAGAUGGCUGCUCUCAAAAACAGUGAAGGGAGAUGCAGAUGAUGACAUCGCCAAAUAUGAUGGAAGGUGGACAGUGGAGCAGCUGAAGGAGAACAAGGUUCCAGGAGACCAAGGCCUCGUGCUCAAGUCCCGGGCGAGGCACCAUGCCAUUGCCGCCAUGCUUGACAAGCCCUUCAUCUUUGAGGAUGAACCGCUGGUUGUACAAUAUGAAGUUAAUUUCCAGGAUGGAAUUGACUGUGGUGGCGCGUACAUUAAACUGCUUUCGGACACUGGGGAUGUCAAUCUGGAGCAAUUCAAUGAUCGCACACCCUACACCAUCAUGUUUGGACCUGACAAGUGUGGCGAGGCCUACAAGCUGCACUUUAUCUUCCAUCAUCGGAAUCCCUUAAAUAAAGAUACGGAAGAAAAGCACGCCAAGCGGGCUGAUGUGGACCUCAAGAAGUUCUACACGGAUAAGAAGACUCACCUCUACACUUUGGUCCUCAAACCAGACAACAGCUAUGAGAUGUUCAUCGACCAAUCCAGCGUGAAUCGUGGCACCCUGCUGCACGACGUGGUCCCGCCAGUCAACCCACCCAAGGAGAUUGAUGAUCCCAAUGACUCCAAGCCGGAGGACUGGGACGAGAGGGCUAAGAUCCCUGAUCCUGAGGCUGUCAAGCCUGAUGACUGGGAUGAGGACGCGCCUGCAAAGAUUGAAGACCCAGACGCAGCGAAGCCAGAGGGCUGGCUGGACGAGGAACCCGAAUUUAUCUCUGACCCGGAUUCUGAGAUACCAGAAGACUGGGAUGUUGAGAUGGAUGGAGAAUGGGAGGCUGCACAGAUACCCAACCCAGCCUGUGAGAGCGCGCCCGGCUGCGGGCCAUGGAAGCGCCCCAUGAUCAAUAACCCUCAGUACAAGGGCAAGUGGAAAGCCCCACUGGUGGACAACCCCAACUAUCAGGGGGUCUGGAAGCCUCGUAAAAUUGACAACCCUGAAUACUUUGAGGACCUGCAGCCGUUCAGAAUGACGCCAUUCAAAGCCGUGGGCUUAGAGUUGUGGUCCAUGACUUCAGAUAUCUACUUCGACAAUUUCAUUAUCACCUCUCACAAGGAGGUGGCCGACCGCUGGGCCUCUGACAGCUGGGGCCUGAAGAAACUUGUGGCCAGUGCGAACGAGCCUGGGAUUUUUGCUCAGCUGAUGAUGGCAGCAGAGGAGCGGCCGUGGCUUUGGGUGGUCUACAUCCUGACAGUCGGUCUGCCUGCAGGACUUGUCGUGCUCUUCUGCUGGCCAAAGAAACCAGAUGACUACGUGUACAAGAAAGUGGAUGUGCCGCAGGCUGAUGUUGAAGAAGAAGAGGAGGAGGAGGAGGAGGAAGAAGUGGAGGUGGUGGAGGAAGAGGAGGAAGAGGCUGCAGCAACAGACAAGGAUGACAAAGAUGCCGAACCUGCAGAAGAUGAAGCAGCUGCAGCUACAGAAGAAGCCGACGAGGACGUCGACGCGACCCUUUUAAAAGGGGACCAUCCAGAUGUGGGCGAUGAGAAGGUUGAUGGCGAUGAGGAAGACGGGGAGGAAGAAGAGGAGGAGGAAAAGAAAGCUUCUGAGGGAACAUUAGAAGAGCAGGUUGAAGGAGGUGACACCAUGGAGAACAAACUGGCGGUGAGAAAGAGGAGAGUACGGAAAGACUGAGGCCACGUCCGAACCCGCCGUCUCCAUCGUCGCUGACAGGGAUGAGUUGGAAGGGCCGUCUCCGCUGCCGUUUCUGCUCUCCGAGUGAGCCGAGCAGAAGAAAACUUGCAUUUCCUCUAAUCGCCCGGUAAGCCUGCAGUCACCCCGGCUGCCCUGCCACGUCUCCCUCAUCCUUCUGCGACGGCACCGCCCUGCAGUCUCCGCUGCUUUCUGCUCGUUUGCCUUUCAGAUGCACCACCCAAGGAUUUUAUGCUUUUUGUUUUGUUUUGUUUUGUUUUGUUUCCACCGCUCAUGCCGUCUUCUCUUCAUCCUUUCCAACAAUUGUACGUCAUCUAUGCUCCUUUUCGUCAUCAAAUCCCGGCUCCAUCUGUGUGCCCUGGAGCGAAGGCAGUGUACGGCAUCCGGACUGUCAGCUUUUGCUUUCAAGAACACGUCUAAAGACAUGUCGUGACUUACGUUAACUUCCUUGGCGAGUUUUUACUGUUUCUAAGAGGCUAGGUGGAGCAGACACCACAUUGUCUAAGCAACCUGUGCACAUUUGCUAAAUUCUUAGUUUGCAAAGGUCCUUUAUUUACAUUUUAUAGUGUUUUUACGUGUAAUAAUUUAGACCAGUGGUUCUCAACCUUUAUUGAGCGAAGGCACAUGUUUUUUUUAUUAGAAAUGGCAAGCCACGACAUACUCUGUUAUAUGAAUGGCGACAGGUUCAUUACAGGUAUUACUGCCAUCUAGUGGAAGAACAUUGAAUUGUUGUGCCUGUCAUACCUCACUGGUGUAGAUUGAUGAUACAUUAGUAUUUGUAGUAAAUAAAUAAUUUUCGGUAAUUAAAUUAAAUUUUUUAUCAUUUUCAUGUGGCACAUGUUUGGAAACCACAGAUUUGGAGAUUACAACUGACACUUAUCAACUAUUGUUGAAAAUGGUAUAUGAUUUUAAUGGUGUAUUUGAAGGACACACUGUAGAGCUUGUACUCGUUCUAGUUUUUACAAAAAUCCCCACUGAUAAACCCAAAAUCUCUUCUUCUCUUUGGUACAUUCCUAAAAGCGACCACGACAACAUGUUGAACUGUGCUUGCAGACGACCCAGCAGACAUGCUGUAGACACGUGGCGAUGGAGCUGGAGGGCAGUCAUCAUGUGUAUGGCGCUUUGGAGUGUGUGUGUGUGUGUGUGUGUGUGUGAUCAUAGCCCCAGCUGUUUGAACAGGACAGGAUGUGUUUUAGGACAUUUACUGCAAAAUGAAAACCCCACAAGGUUGCGGUCUUGCUGUUGCCCAGACGAUCGUUUCAGUUUUCUUUCUAUUGUCUCAAAGCUUUUAUGGUUUAGGUUCUUCUGGCAUAUAUCAUCCCCAUUUAUGUUUAUUUGCUCAUUUGCAUUGCUUUUGAAAAUAAAACUAUUGAAUAUGAAA